GUUCCGGAGACGGCACCACCCUUGCUGCCGUUCUCGUCACCACACCACAGGCGAGGGCGACUCCUUCCUCGCAGCAGCCGCCCGCCCCGACCCCGUUCGCCACGCCUCUGCUCGCUGCGGCGCGGCGCAGUAUCCGCGCGUACCCGGCCGGCCUCUCUGUGGAGGCGCAUCUGGUGGCUACCUUGCCAGGCUAGGGUUGGGGGUGGCCGUCUUCUACCUUCGUAUCACGCGGGCAGGCUCCGGGCGCGCGUCAUCGUUUCUCGCUCUCUCCGGUUGCGACCGUGUGCUACCCCCGCGAGCUUCCUCGUGCCACGGGAGGGCCGCUGCUGCCGUUCCGUCCACCGGUGGAUUAUCCGACAGAUGGCUGGAUAUAUGUCAAGAGGGGCCCCAAACGGUUCAGUUUACGUGUGCAACCUGCCUCCUGGAACUGAUGAGACUAUGCUAGCUGAAUAUUUUGGCACCAUAGGGUUGCUAAAGAAGGACAAGAGGACUGGGCGUCCAAAAAUUUGGAUAUAUAGGGACAAGGUUACCAAUGAACCAAAGGGUGAUGCAACGGUCACCUAUGAGGAUCCACAUGCUGCUUCAGCUGCGGUGGACUGGUUCAAUAACAAAGAUUUCCAUGGGAGUAUUAUCCAAGUUCACAUAGCUGAGUCAAAAAGUAAAGAUACAUUUGAUAGUUCCACAAAUUUGGCCAUCACUGCUGACCUUGGUGGACAAUAUGAAUUGGAUAACGGUGUUGGCAGAGGUAGAGGACGCGGUGAUGGUCCAGGAAAGGCCUGGCAGCAAGAUGGGGAUUGGAUGUGUCCAAAUACAAGUUGUGGCAAUGUAAACUUUGCCUUCCGUGGUGUUUGUAAUCGCUGUGGAGCUGCUCGCCCUGCUGGUGUCGGUGGAGCUGGUGGUGGUAGGGGUAGAGGCCAUGGUAGCGCUGAUGCAAGAGGAAGCAACCGUGCUGGUGCUGCUGCUGUUGUCGGGGGUCCACCUGGAUUGUUUGGUCCAAAUGAUUGGCCAUGUCCAAUGUGCGGUAACAUAAACUGGGCUAAGCGGACCAAAUGUAAUAUAUGUAACACUUCCAAGCCUGGUACAAAUGAAGGCGGUGUAAGGGGUGGCCGUGGUGGUGGGUACAAAGAGCUUGAUGAAGAAGAACUAGAGGAAGUUAAAAAGCGUCGGAAAGAGGCUGAGGAGGAUGAUGGAGAGAUAUAUGAUGAGUUUGGCAACCUCAAAAAGAAAUUUCGUGCCAAAGCACAGCAUACUGAAAGUGCCCAGAAUUAUCCUGGGUCUGGACGUGCUGGAUGGGAAGUUGAGCAUCGUGGUUCCAGUGAAAGGGAAGGCAGGGAGAGGAGCAGGGAUCGUGGUAGGGAUGAUUACGAUGACAAGGAAAUCAGCAACAGGGAACAUGGAAGAGAGCGGCGCCGGAGCCGGAGCCGGAGCAGAGACCGCGACAGGGAAAGGGGGAGGGACAGAGGAAGGGACCAUAACUACGAGAGGAGUCGGGAGCGCGACCGUGAUCGUCGCCACAGGUGAAGAGAGAAACGACAGGGGUUUCUGUUCCUCACUUACAUUGAUUUUACCAAUUUUUGUAGCCGUGGAGAUGUGGUGGUUUGUUAUUAGCAUCCUGGCGCUGAUUUUUCCUGUGCACCUGAUGUUGCUUUGAAUUAAUUGCUGCACUGGCACGCUAUUGUGAUAUCUUGCUCUUUGUAAAAUCGAGUGUGACAUGGACCGGGCCAUUGUUGUGCCGCCACAAGCUCGAAGCAGCUGUGGAUUUCUGAGCAACAGACUCCUCUGGCUGUUGCUUUGUCAUCAUUGGGUUUUGGACUUGAGCUUCGUUA